UAUAUAUAUAUAUAUAUAUAUAUAUAUUGCAGAACACCAAGUGUAGUGAAGCAGUACAUCUGGGACACGUCCUUUAAGCAGCGUUUUCUGUCGAACACACACACACACACCGGCCUCAUCCCAAACCACAUAUCACCACCCUGCUGAACUGUAAUGAAGGUAGCUAACAUGGAAAAGAACAAAACUGAAUAAUGAAAACUGGCCUUGUUCCAAAUCACAUACUUUUAGUAUAAUAUGAAGGAAAAUGUUGGCUGUGUUCCAAUUUGCAAAUUAGUUAAUAAUACAUCAGAACAAGAGUGAUAAAUGCUAAAAGAUUGGUUGUGUCCCAAAAAGCACACAAGGCUGCAUCCCAAAUUGCAUACGACCAAAGAUAGUAGUGUGCUUAAUAAUUUUUCAUUGACUUCCACCUCUCUCUCUCUAUUUUGAAUUACUGCUGCGUCCUCACUGCCAAAACUUAACUACAGUGUUAUUAUUUUUUUAUUGUUCAGUUUUUUGAGCUGAAAUGUUUUUUUUUUUUGAUUAUGAUGAAUGUGAUGAUGAUGAUGAUGAUGAUGAUGAUGGAGAUAAUAAACCAGUGAGAAUCACAGCUGAUGUGACAUUCUUUGCAUAGUUAUUAAAGCAUGUCGUAAUCCGCUGCAUUCAUUCUUGUUGAGUGAGGUCAGAGGAGAAGAACAUCCAGACAGGUUCAAGUUGAAACAGGAAGGAUGCGGCCAACGUUCUUUACGGCCAUACGGAGCAGAAAGCAUCUCUAUACCUCGAGGCAGAUGUGCUGCAACAGUAGAGGACCUCGUCAGGAUCCAGUCCUGUCAGCGACAAUUAGUUAUAAACAGCCUAAGAAGGAAGAGCUCUCAUAACCUAGCAAAGUGGGUUCUACUAGAAAAGGUUCAUCAGAUGGUCUGGAAAUGGGGGAGUAACCUCAUCAAACAAGCAUGAUGGGAAAACCCGGCCUGGACUGAUCGGAUCAUGAACCAAACUGAUGAUGACGUGUGUCCGGUUUACAUCAUCAUGACUGACUGCUGACGUCUUCAGCAUCAUGAGUGCAUCCAAGGAAGCCUUGCAGGCCCGUGUGAAGGCUUUGGAGGAGGAAGUGGAGCGACUGAAGUACCAGCUAAGAGGAAAGAGCGACCAGGGGACGAUGCCGCCGUUAAAGGCUCAGGAGAACAGCGGGAACAGUAAGAGAGGGAAGAAGGCGUUCGACUUUGCCGCACACCCGCGCCGCCACGUGGCGCUGCGUCUAGCCUACCUGGGCUGGCAGUACCAGGGAUUUGCUGUGCAGGAGAACACUGACAACACGGUGGAGGCGCGGGUGUUUGAGGCUCUGCUGAAAACAAAGCUGGUCCAGGACAGGCAGAGCUCCAAUUACCACCGCUGCGGCCGCACGGAUAAAGGAGUCAGCGCUUUCUCACAGGUCAUAUCUAUUGACCUGCGCUCGAGUCAGUUCAGCGGUCUGGGUGUGACCGUUCCUGAUGGCAUCGAACCUAAAGCCGGGGGUGGAGCUGAGACGAAAGCAGAGUUGCCUUAUGUGAAGAUGCUGAACCGAGUCCUUCCUCCUGAUAUCCGGGCUCUCGGCUGGUCUCCGGUGCCCAUCGGCUUCAGCGCUCGCUUCGACUGCCAGUCCAGAACAUACCGGUACUACUUUCCCUGUGGAGACCUGGACGUCCAGCUCAUGGCUGAAGCAGCUAAACGAUAUGAAGGCACACAUGACUUCAGGAACCUGUGUAAGAUGGACGUUGGUAACGGAGUUCUGCAGUUCCAGAGGACCAUCACGUCCGCUAGCGUUCAGCCGUGCCAACCCGGUCACCCCUCCCCCUCCGACCCUCAGCGCCUUUACGUGUUCGAGGUGAAAGGUCUCGCCUUCCUGUACCACCAGGUUCGUUGCAUGAUGGCGGUGCUGCUUCUGAUUGGCCAGAAACUGGAAGCUCCUGACGUCAUCAACCAGCUCCUGGAUGUUAAGAACAAUCCCAGGAAGCCUCAGUACAGCAUGGCAGUGGAUUACCCUCUGGUGUUGUACGAGUGCCAUUUCGAUGGCCUGAGGUGGAUUAGCGAGCCUGAAGAGGAGAGCCACGUGCUCAGCUCUCUUCUCCAACACUGGACUCAGACUGCAGUCAGAGCUCAGGUGCUGAACGGCAUGAUCCACGGCCUCCAGAGCCCCGACACAGAUAAAGCGCCGGUUAUACCGUGCUGCCUCAUGGAAGGAUCCCGACAGCGCAACUAUCGCCCCCUGCUGGAGCGGCCGCGCUGCGAGAGCCUGGAGUCGCGCAUCCAGCACUUUGUGAAGAGAGGAAGACUCGAGCGGGAGGAAGGAGAGGGCGGGGAGGAGGGCAGCACCGUCUUCAGGGGCAAGAGGUCAAAACAUUCGCAUCAAGCCAGCUCCAAGAAUCAAGAAGACGCCGACCUGCUGAGCCAAACAGACAUAACUUUACAGCCCUCAUAAUUGUUUGUUUAUCCGCUUCUUCUACAGACUGAAAAUUAGACGAUCCAUCCAUCAAUCUCUGGGGUUUGUCGAGUUCUUUAUCAGAAAGGGGGCGGAGCUUACAUUCAAUCCCACUUGAUUGCAUCAAAACGAGGGUUUUUUAUUCCCUCAGUAACUAUUUGAAUUCAGGGCCAUUUAGCUAGUUAAGGCAUGACCGUGCUAACUAGCAGGUUGGUUUAGCUAACGUUUCCGAUCCUGCAGGAUCUGUUAAGAAGCCAGAUACCUAAAAAAGAAAUAAAAAAAGUUAGGGGAACUUGUAGUGCAUAAUUACAAACGGCUCUGGAGGAGCAGGACACGAGUGAUGUUAACAUAUUACUCCAUUUUUUAUUGUGUUUUUUUAUUUUAAAUAUUUUAUUUGUGAAUUUCUUAAUCGAAUCAUUUUCAGUUGUGUACAUUUUCAUUUGGAUUAAAAACUAACGAGUCCAUGAUGAAGUACG